ACCUGCUAUUGUCGGGUAACUCAAGGUUAUUCGCGCAAAAUUUCCCCUCGUCGGUCACCCCGCCUCUGACCAAGGGUUCCGGCGACUCCCAUGGCCGGCCGCCACCGCAACCCGCCGCCGCCCUCCUUCCCUCGCGGCGGAGGACACCACCAGCCUCCUCCCACGCUCCACCACCACCCCCAUCACCUGCCUCACCGCCUCGACGAGUUCCGCGAGCCGCCGCCGCGGCUCCCCCCGCACCCGCACCAGCACCUCGACGACUUCCGCGAGCCGCCCCACCUGCCGCCCCCGCACCACCGCCACCUCUACGAGUUCGGCGAGCCGCCGCGCGGCCACCCAGCGCACCACGUGUUCGCGGGCCACCACGGGGGCGGGGGCGGGGUCCACCCCCUGCCCCCGACCGCUGCGCCGCACGUCGUGGCGGCGCUGGAGGAGCGGCUCGGCGCGGAGAUCGAGGAGGCGCACGUGCUGCUCGGCCAGAACCAGCGGCUGGCGGCGACGCACGUGGCGCUCGUGCAGGAGGUCUCCGCCGUGCGGCACGAGCUCGGCCGCACCGCUCGCGGCCUCGCCGCUGCCCAGGAGGAAGGUGACCUCCGUCUUCGCGAGGUCUAUGAGAGAUCAAUCAAGAUGGAGGCAGAGCUGCGGGCAGUAGAUGAAAUGAGGGCAGAGCUUGCGCAGGUUCGCCUCGACAUCCAAAAGUUGGGUUUAGCAAGGCAAGAACUCAUGGGUCAGGUCCAGGGGUUCACCCAGGAUUUGGCUCGAUCAGCAGUGGACUUGCAGCAAGUGGCGGCAUUGAAAGCUGAAAUCCAGGAGAUAAGGCAUGAAACCCAACAUUUGAGAUCUGGCAUUGAGGUUGAGAAGAAAGGAUAUGCAGAGAGCUAUGAGCAGGGACAAGAGAUGCAGAAGAAAUUGAUUUCAGUGGCUUCUGAAGUGGAGAAGCUUCGAGCUGAGGCUGAGAAGAGGUCACGAGCUGCUGUUUCUGUAGGCAAUCAAGUGUACGCUGGAGGCUAUGGGAAUCCCAAGGCCGCAUAUGCUGCAAAUCCUUAUAAUGCUGGAUACAGCACAAAUCAAGCAAACACUGCUGAUUCUGGCUCUCAAUACGGGCCUGGUUCAACGCACGCUCCGUGGGGUGCCUACGACAUGCAAAGAGCUUCUGGACGGAGAUGAUCUUUUCAGUUGUCAGCAAAUUAGAAGCAUACGUUUCACGGACGACCUAACGGCUUUGGCUUCUAUGCAAAUGCAACACACUGAAUAUGAAUGAUGCAUUGCCGAAUGUAAGUUGUACUACUGUACAUGUUACGACAAAUUCAUAGUGCUGAUGGAAACUGCAAAUUUGUGUCAUCAGCAUUUUCCACUAGUAAUUAGGCAUGCAUUUCUGCGGCAGUAAUUACUUUCGAUCUA